CCCCAAACGGAGAGACGACACAGCGGACUGCAUCACUGCCGGGACAGCAGCUUGGGACUCGAACCUCCUACCGGCGACAUGACUGCUGCGGCCGCUGCCGCGGAUGAGCUGCACGAGCGCUGCUUCCUGACAGCGCAGGCCAUGUCCAGCCUGAAGGUGUCGGAGCACUUCCGGGUGGUCAAGCUCCUGGGGGAGGGGUCGUACGGAAAGGUGGUGCUGGCCGUACACAGGAAGAGAGGAACCCCCAUGGCUCUGAAGUUCUUCCCACGCCAGACUACCUCGCUCACCUCCUUCCUGAGGGAAUACAACCUCUCCCUUUACUACUGCACGCACCCCUCCCUGACGCGAGCCCUGGGUAUCUUCUUUUCCACGCCGUCGCACUACGUCUUCGCUCAGCAGGCCGGUCUCCACGGCGACCUCUACAGCGUCAUCGUGUCAGAGGUGGGACUGGAAGAAGAACGCGUGCAGAGGGUGAUGUGUCAGCUGAGCGGCGCCGUGACGCACCUGCACUCCCUGGGCUUCGUGCACCGCGACAUCAAACCCGAGAACAUCUUCCUGUGCGACGGCUGCUGUCGUUGGGUCAAACUGGGAGACUUCGGCUUGACGCGGCCCAUCGGCGCCCGCGUCUACGCCGUCUGGUACCAGUCGCCCUUCUGCACCCCCGAGGUGGAGGCCGCCAAGGCGGGGGAGAAGACCAAGGAGGGCGACGACGCGGGCGAGGAAGAGGAGGAGGAGCCUAUUUGGAUGACGGUGGAGCCCUCCGUGGACAGCUGGGCCCUGGGGGUCCUCACCUACUGCCUGCUGACCGGCUGCUUCCCCUGGGAGGAGAGCACCAGCGACGACCCCGCUUACGGACGCUACAAGGCGUGGUUUGAGCGCCAGGAUGAGCGGGAAUGCGGCGGGAAAGGUCGGCAGGAAGCGGACGCGGACCGGAUCAUGAAGGAGAACCACAGGAACAAUCCCCCCCCGAAGCAGUUCCACGGCCUCAGCCCCCUCGUCAUGACGCUGCUCCGUCAGCUGCUCCACCCGGAGCCCCGGCGGCGAGGGGGCCCCGAGGAGGUCCUGAGUUACCUCGGGGGGCCCUGGCUGAUGGAGACGGAACAGGAGGAGAGGAGGAGGGCGGAGGAGGCCGAGAGGGAGGCCGGCAAAAUAAGGGAGGCGGGGGGCGGAGUGGAGGAGGAGCUGCUGAGGGAGGGAAGGGGGGAAAGAUAAAAAUGGAGAUCAAUUUUUUUUUUUUUUUUAUGCUAACCACAUCAAUCACGCCUUGGUCACAAUAUUAGGUACACUUGCGUCAUCUCGGGUGUGCAGCAUGUAAAUAAAUACUCGAUGUACGUGUGUUUGAAUAAAAACUACACAUACUUUUUACUCCAUACUAUUAAAUAUUACACAUUGUAUACGCUGAUUAUAAAUAAAGUUUUUUUUCAUGUU